AGCUGGAUCUGGUCAGAUGGGAGUAACUCCUCAUACAGUAACUGGAAACAUGGACAGCCUGACAAUGGUGCGGGUGGUGAUAACUGUGUGCAUUUAUGGAAUGAACAUGAUUACGAAUGGACUGAUGCAGGCUGCGAUUGCCGAAUUCCAUUUGUCUGCUAUAAAGAGAUCCCGAUGAUCCUGAUUAAAGAGAAGAAGACGUGGAAAGAAGCUCUGAGAUACUGCAGAGAGAAUCAUGAGGACCUGGUCUCAGUCGAAACAAAGCAACUUCAGGACUGGGUGGAGUUUGUUAUUAAACCUGCCUCCACUGAUAAUGUGUGGGUGGGUCUGCGUCACACCUGCACUCUGAGCUUCUGGUUCUGGGUGAGUGGAGAGUCCGUCUGCUACCAGAACUGGGCUCCAGGGAACGGGACGGGAGUGGAGGACUGCAGUAAUGGAGAAAGAUCAGGAGCGGUUCAGUCUGGAAGUGGGAAGUGGGUCAGUCUUCCACAAACCCAGACCCUCAACUUCAUCUGCAGCACCGUCUAGAGCAGUAAAACAUGUUGGUGGUAGUAUCAUGCUAUAUGGGUACUUCUCAGCAUCAGGGACAAGCAGACUGAGAACAAUCAAGGAAUGACGGAUUACAGACAAAUCCCUGAAGAAAAUCUUCUCAGAGUGACUGGAGGGACGCUUCACCUCAAAAAUGACCCAGAUGAGUUUUAAUUUUCUAUAUCUUUGCAAUAAAUUAAUUUAAUCAUUCAAUAUUUAAUGUAUUCCUCAAUUAAUUUGU